CAACGACCAACAGAAUCAGCGAAAAACCCCUUUAUCCCCCAAACACCUAACACGGCAAUCACUUUCAAUUGCCAACCAGCUAUCUCACCAGUCUACACUCCCAAUUCCACUCCCAAUUCCCCACUCCGUUGCCUGGCUCGCACCAAGCCAUGGCUUUCGACAGCAACCGCACAAGCGGGCGGCACGCCAACCUACACGAUGAAUCCGAUGUCGAAGAGGAAGCUCUGGUUAAUGACUACCGCGAACAGGUGCAUUUCGAUGAUGGUAUGAGUGAGCUGGACCGGACGACUUCGCUGGGUGCUGGAUCGCAGACACAGGAUAUACAGGCACAGUUAGUAGCUGCGGCCACACCACUGGAGUUCCAGGCAACACUGGAGACGAAGUUUGCGAGCUACGAUAAUUACUGUAGCUUGUUUCAUUACAUAUUGAAUUCGGAUGGGCCGGUUGAUUUGGAUGUUCCUACUUAUUUCUGGGCAUGGGAUGUGAUUGACGAAUUUAUAUAUCAAUUCGAGUCGUUUUGCCGGUACCGUAACCGCGUCGCUCGCACUGGGUCAAAUGAGGAAGAGGCACAGCUUUUGAAGGAGAACCCGAACACAUGGGGCUGCUAUUCAGUCCUCAAUGUCCUAUAUUCGCUGAUCCAAAGGUCCCAAAUCAACGAACAGCUUGCAGCAAUCAAGCGCAACGAAGACCCCGCAGCCGUUGCAGGAGAAUACGGAAACCGGCCUCUCUACCGAAUGCUGGGGUAUUUUUCUAUCAUCGGUCUACUCCGCGUCCACUGCUUGCUUGGCGACUUUAGUCUCGCCCUCAAAACUCUCGAUGAUAUCGAGAUGAACAAAAAGGCCAUGUUUGCCCGCGUUAUGGCCGCCCACUUCACGACGUACUACUACGUAGGCUUCUCCUACAUGAUGAUGCGCCGCUACGCCGACGCCAUUCGCAUGUUCAGUCACAUCCUCGUCUAUGUAUCCCGCACCAAGAACUUCCAGAAGGGCAGCAACAGCUACGAUGCCAUCGCCAAGAAGAACGACCAGAUGUACGCCCUAAUUGCCAUCUGCGUCGCAUUCCACCCCACCCGUCUCGACGACACCAUCCACUCCGCUCUUCGCGAGAAAUAUGGCGAGCAAUUCAACCGCCUCCAGCACGGCGGACCCGAAGCCCUCCCGCUCUUCGAAGAGCUUUUCCGCUCAGCCUGCCCCAAAUUCAUCAGCCCAACCCCGCCAGACUUCGAAAACCCAGCCAUGAACGUCGACCCCGUUGACCACCAAACGGCCAUCUUCAUGGACGAGGUCCGCAACACCCUAUACAACCCCACCGUCAAGUCUUACCUCAAGCUCUACACGACGAUGGAUCUGCAGAAGCUUGCGGGCUUUUUGGACGUGGAGCCGCAGCAGCUGCGCUCAUGGCUACUUGUCAAUAAGCAGCGCAGCCGACAGAUCCGAUGGUCGGAUGGUGGGUUGUUGGAAGGGGAGGUUGCGAAUGCAAAUGACCUGGAUUAUGCUAUCGAGGGCGAUCUGAUUCAUAUUAGUGAGGCGAAGGCAGGGAGGAGGUUGGUGGAUUGGUACUUGCGAAAUCUGGCAAGGACAUAUUAAGGAGGUUGGCAGUCGUUAGGCAAUUCGGGAUAUUUUUUAUGUAAUGAUUCUUUUCUAUCUUUCCUGGGAACGGGUUGAUUCGGAAAUAAACAUGGUUUCUCUCGUCCUGCGCUGUGGAUAUGAUAACUACGAUUGAUGCACUGGACGGUCAUCUUGUUCCAUUCCUGCACCUUUUGUUUAAGAUAUCUAAUUUUUUAACUUCACCUUGUUGAUACGACGUAUUGAUGGGAAAAGUGACAAUGAAAAGUGGAUGCAUAGAUAGCGGUUGGCAUACGUUGACAUCUUUGCUUCUUUUCUCUUGCCAACUCUAUUUAAAUUUCUCUACCUGAAUGGAACGAACUGGGAGGUCCCCGAAAGAAGGAAAGGGGAUGGCGAGUGCAGUUGAAGGUGGUUAU